AUGUCUCCAACACUAUACAGCUACGCCGAGUCCGGCAACAGUUACAAAGUCCGCCUUCUUUCCUCCCUCCUGCACAUUCCCCUCUGGAUUGUGGAGGUCGAUUUCCUCGCCGACGAACAACACUCUCCGGGUUUCUUGGCUCUCAAUCCGGAAGGCGAGGUGCCGGUGUUGGUGGACGAGAGGGACGAUAAAGAUACCAAGGUCGUGUUGACCGAUUCCGCUGCCAUUCUGGUCUAUCUAGCAGGUACUUAUCCCAGUCUGGAGGGACGUGACUCUUCUUCGUUCUGGUCUGCGGAUCCCCUCGCUCAGGCCCAGGUCACGGAAUGGUUGGCUUUUGCGGUGAGUUGGGUCCAGUUUGGGGUUUUUACCACCGGGGCGAUUCUCUCGUUCGGGGGCGCGUAUAAUGGGCUGGGUCGUGGGGGGGAAUGA